UAACAGCAACAACAGACCUAAUCGAACGUCCAUUGCGCGCAAAUUCGCUUCAGUAUCUGUAUCUGUAUUUCGGAUAAUCACGCGUUACAUGGGAUUAGUUUGGGCAAAAAAAGUUGCUCAUAAUAUUUAUGUUUACAAUUUGCAGAUGAUUUAAGCUCUCGUUUUAACUGAAUGUGCACGAUCUGGAAUUUCGUUAGUUUGGUGACUGUGGCCUAAAGUGAAAAUAACCGUUGAAAGUGAAAAUAGAUAUUUAGUUCCGUGGAUAAAAGUGAUAAGAAAUGUUGCCUGUAAGACUACCAUUAUUUACCCUCUUUGUUGUGGCUGCAUCUGCACUUGACUUACCCUCAAAUUUCCAAAAAUGCGACCGUAAUAAAUCUGAUUUCGAUAAAUGUCUCGUGGACGCAGUAAACAAAGCUUUAGUGCUAUUAAAAGAUGGUAACAAAGAGUUCGGAAUGAGCCGACUGGAGCCUUUGCACGUAAAGUCAAUGGUAAUCGAUACAGGGUCGGGAUCGCCGAUUAAUCUCCGUCAAACAUUCAAAGAAGUGGAUGUACAUGACUUGAUUUCAGGAAGCCGUGUCGUAAGAUACAGAACUGACCUCAACAAACACCUCAUCAUCUGCGACAGUAAAAGCGAUCGCAUCAGGGUUCUCGGUGAUUAUGAAAUGUCAGGACGAAUCCUCUUAUUACCAAUUGUUGGCAAGGGGAAAACUAACAUUACACUGGUUGAUACUCACAUUGAACACCAACUGAUCGGUGAGCCUUACGAAAAAAAUGGCGUAAAGUAUAUGAAACUUCGCGAAUACAAAGUCGAUUUCAAACCGAAGCGUGUUUAUAUGCAUUUCGAGAAUUUAUUCAACGAUAAAGUCCUUUCAGAAGGGAUGAAUCGAUUCAUUGAUGAAAAUUGGGAAGCUGUUUUCAGUGGACUUAAGGAAGGAUACUCAAAAGGAUUCGGAAGCAUAUUUAGAGACUUAAGUAAUAGAAUUUUUACAAAAGUUCCCAUGGAUCAGAUAUUUUUAAGGAAUUCUAUUGAAGGAAGCAAAUAACAUUUUUUGUGAAUCUCAACACAUCUAUGUAGGUAUUAAUUAGGCACAUAGAACUGUUAUCAUUAUCCUUAUUUUAUCAAAAUGCAGAUAGUGCAAUUUGCAAUAGAUGCAGCGUUUAAUGCACUUUUUUUAACAUUUCUUUAAGAAGGAAUAUUAACACGAUAGGAUAAGUACGUAUUGUAAUUAAAACCUUCUAUUUUCCGGAAGACAUACUUUAAUAAACCUAGAAGUACCGAUUUUA